CAUAUCAAUUGCGAAACACAACCCAUGGAUCAAUGACCAUGACGAUGACUAUGACCAGGGUAUUCAUUAUUACACGUGGUGGUCGCAUAUCGAUAAGAGUCGCGACACCGCGACUCUCAGCCUUCUACACCAUUAACUCUCUCAGUCGACGAGCGAACACCCAAGUCAAUGGCAGUGGCAGACGAAGAGGCGCCCCCGCCUCUCUACCGUACUGCCAGGACUCUUCCCUUUGAAUUGGUCCAACAUGUAGGCAUUUUCUUUGAAGAGAAGCUCUACACGCAAGCUCUAAACCUACUCCUAAACAUCAUCACCACGGGCACAAUCCUUCCAGCGCCAGUCUACGUCCCGUCCCCCCAGCAUCUUGCCCUCGCCGCUACAUUCCUCGUCCACCCCUCAACCACCACCCGGGCGAAAACCGCAGAACAAGAAGAAGCCUCCAAUGUCUCCCUGCGACUCCUCCGCCUCGCAAACACUCUCGCCGGACCAGUAUCCGCCAAACUCGGCACCGCGUUUUCCUUCACCCACUUCGAAGCUUCCCGCCAUGGGCGCCGCCGGCGCGCCGAAGACGAGCAACCUGCCGACGAUGAUACAAAGCCGCUGAACCUCGACCUGGCCCAGUCUGCCUCCCUAUGGUCCCGCGCAGAGGACUUCUGGCACGCAGUCGGAUGGGCGUUCAACUGUUCCGUGCUCCACCACGAACGGUGGGAGAAAUGGCAAAUCUGGCUCGAAUACAUGUGCGAAGUGCUUGAAGACGACUGGAACGAACGCAAAAGAAUGCAUGAUCGCACCUCAAACACAGACGACAAAGCCCUCAAAGAUAGCCUGAUAUUUCGCUACAUCACCGAGACAACAGCAGGAUACGGCCGCAACCGACGGAUCCUCCGCGCGAUCUUCGCAGACGGGGGCUCGUCCGCUUCGAACGAAUUCCGCGAGAUCUUCCACCACGAGCUGAAAAAGCCCAAGCAAGACAAGAACACCAAGAAACGGGAAGUCCAAGUCAAUAUCGACGAAGAACAAUAUGGAGACUACCUAACCGACGACGACGACGACUCCUCCGACAACAAUACCAAGAAUGACCCAGACACGGCCUCAAAACGACCAACCCGACAAACCAAACGACCCCGACGAGGUACCCGCGCCAAAGACGCCAAAUCAGCCGACGCUGUCGAUACUAAAUCAGCAGUCUACGCCCUCAGCGACGUCUCCUCACACGGCGGCUUCCAAUCCCUAGCCCUCCGCCAACGUCUCCUCCACCUCCUCUCCGGCGUCGCGGAGGCUCUCCCCGACGCCUUCACCCCCUUAGAGGAACUCUAUCACCUCUUCGUCGAAAACAUCCGCCAUCUCCCCCUCCCCGUCUUCCAGGCUCUCAUCGCCCCGUCAACACUACCCUACUUCUCCUUAGAGGCGCGUACAACCCUCUGCGAAUACCUGCUCUUCCGCAUUCGCGAAAGCGCAGCCCCAGACACAGACGAAGAGUAUCUCAACCAAGCAAAGCUCGAGGAAUGUUUCCUCCCCUACGCGGCAAGUACGAGCAGCGUAGUGGAUAAUACCAAGAUGUCAAUCCUUCUCGAGACACUACUGAUCCUGCUCGCGAACAGCGACAUGCUAAAAGUAACUACGGAGCUGCAAGAAGCGGUAGAAGAGGGUAUCCAGCGCCGCGCGGAGAAGGCCCAAAUGGAGACCAAGAAGAGCGCAAGUGCGCGCAAAACGGAAGAUGCGGAGUGGUGCUGGUUGCUUGAGAGUGGAGAGCGGCUGAGGUUUCUUGCUGAGGAGGUUCUUCCGCGUGGAGAGGAUUCGGAUUGAGUGAUUUGGUUGCGUAUCUUGGGGUUGGUUUGAUGAGGGGAAUCGUUGUGGCGGAUUCUGUUUCUUGACUGCUCGAGUUUGGCGUAUAGAUACCCUUAUUAUCUGUGUGCGUUUAGCAUGUUACCGGUGCCUUUCGUUGCUGAUGUGGUCUAGCACUUUUAUAUCUUGUU